UGAUGGGGUGGCCAAGGGAACAUGAUGGGUGGCCAAGGGAACAUGAUGGGUGGCCAAGGGAACGUGAUGCGUGGCCAGGGGAACGUGAUGGUUGGCCAAGGGAACAUGAUGGUUGGCCAAGGGAACAUGAUGAGUGGCCUAGGAAACAUGAUGGGUGGCCAAGGAAACAUGGUAGAUAUUCAAGGGAAUAUGAUGGGUGGCCAAGGGAAUAUGAUGGGUGGCCAAGGGAAUAUGAUGGGUAGACAAGGGAACAUGACUGGACCAGGGAAUAUGAUGGAUAUUCAGGAAAAUAUGAUGGAUGUGAAAGGGAGCCUACAAGAUGUGAUGAUGGCACAACAAGGAAGCUUAAUGUCACAGAGGAGGAAUGCUGGAUUACAGGGUGGUAAUGUGAUGUCUAACCAGGAGGUUCUCAUGUCACAGGGGCAGCAGCUGAAUCCUCAGCAAGGCAGUCUCCUCGGACAGCCUGGUAAUGUGACGACUGGUCAGGGAGGCAUGGCAAUGAAACCACAGCAUGGCACAGGCAUGAUAUCUAUGGGAAGGGGUUCUGAAGGGGGCCUGCUGCCCCACCCUGGAGGAUUGCUAACCUCACAGACAGGGAUGACUUCAGACAGGCCUGGUCAGAGAUCUGGUCUUCGUCCGACAGGAAAUAGGUCAUCAGAGAACAGUGUACAGCGUAUCAUUGAGCCAGGCAUGCGCCUGUCAGAGUAUGUGGGGCCGGGCAGUAAACUUUUAGGGUCCAGGAGUGACAGGCAUGACCAUAGACCUUCCCAGAUUGACAGCAAAGGUGCCCCUGACAGAAAUACUUCAAGUAAAUUGAGAAGAUCAUGGUCGCCCAAGAGACGAAAUCGCUAUUCAGUUGACAGAAAUAUUGAGGAAAAGUUUGAUGGCUUUAGAACUGGAAGAAGAAGUAGAUUCAGUGACUUGGGUUGUGAUGAUGUAUCACAGAUGAAGAGUGAGAGGGGUUCUGCUUAUACAAGAAACCCAGACUUCCGCUCACGUAGUCCAAACACUCGCUCCCAAAGCCCUGGCUAUCGCUCACGGAGUCCACAGGACUUUCACUCAAGGAGCCCUAGACGAGGUAAUGAUAGAAACACCGGGAAACUUAGCGAUUUUUCAACUAACCAGAGUGCAGAUUGGAGGAAUCGGAAUCAGGUAAGAUGUGGCAGAGCGAAGCGGUUGGAUAGGGAUGAGAGCAGUGGGCAUGAUAAACCACAAGAGCGGGAGCGACGCUCUAGGUUUGAUGAAUCAAGUCCAGACAUACAGAGUAGAGACCGUUCACCAGCAGUUGGACAGCUAGGAGGCAGGGGCAGGCCCACAGAGGGAGAGGAUCAGAUGUACACUGGCAGAGGAGGUUCAUUCUCCACCAGGUCAAGGCAGAAUAUGAGACUGACAGAAGAAGAAAUCCCUGACCUAGCAUCUAUCAGGAAUCAGUUAUUGGACCAGUUGCAGCAGCUGGAAACGGGGAAUUUGUCUGAUACUGCUGCAUUAGCAGACAUAGCUGACAAACUGAAAAAGGUUCAACAACAGCAGAAGCUACAACAACAACAGCAGCAGCUACAACAGCAGAAGCAACAACAACAACUGCAGCUUCAAGGAGGCAGAUAUAAAUCAGAUCAUGUUGACCCAUCCUACACCCAGGGACAGCGCUUUGACGCUUCCAUCGGCAGGAGUCGAAAAGGAGAACAUCGUACCUUAUUUGACAGUGAGACUUACGAAGACAGCAAUAUUGACAGGCACCAGCACUUUGAUCAUAGUUUGCAGGAGAAAUUACGCAGCUUUUCACCUGAACCAGAGAGGAGGCAGUGGUUUGAUCGCUCUGAAACCAGGCCCAGGAAAGAGCGGGAGGAUUUCCAGCCCAUGGCAGGUUUGACCCAGGCUAACAUGGUCACCUUUGAUUAUGGUCACCAGAAGGUGCUUGGGGCAGAGUUCAGCGAGAUGACCACUAGGUCUAACAGGGAGAGUCGGUGGGCAGGACUGCGAGAGGAUCAGGACAACACUGACCAUGACAUACAUGUAGCUGACAGAGGUUUCAGUGGGACGGACCUCAGCGUGAUGGAUUCUGAGGCCUAUGGCAGAAUAGAUGAUGCAUACAGUGCCAAGGCUACAGGGCUGCUUGGUGACUUUCCUGGGCGAGAACGGUCCACUAAGAGACAGGGGGUGAGCUUUUCUAGUAUGGAGGAGAUGCGGGGUAGCUCGGGUUACACAAAUACUGAGCCAGACAGGAGGAGAGGAUUGCAAGGCCAAUCGCAAGGGUUGAUUGGACAUUCCCCAAGGUUGAUGGGCCAGACUCAAGGAUUGAUGGACCAGUCACUUGGAUUGAUGGGCCAGUCACAAAGUUUGAUGGGCCACUCUUCCAGAAUGAUGCAUCAGUCGCAAGGAGUGAUUAGUCAGCCUGCAUUGUCAGGCAAGACUGGAAACCCAGUCCCUUUAAUGAGCCUAACACCAAGUAGCUCUGCUGGAGGUAGAAGAGGUAAACGAGGAACACCUAAAGUCCAUACCAAAAAAGUCUCUGUGGCCAAUCUGCCACCUUCAGCGAACUGGAAACAGAUAACUUCCUUUUUCAACAUUCACAUGAACAACCGUGGCUUGGCUGAUCCUGGAUCUAUACGUAACCCUGUAACUGGAGUACUGCAGUCUCGGGUGAAUUCUACAGCCUUCCUCGUCUUCAACUCUGAAGAAGAGGCUGAGAAGGCUGUGAGUCACCUAAAUGGAAUUACUUACGACAAACACACACUGAGAUUGGAAUUAGCAGCUUAAGAGGGAUAAACUCCAUCAUCCACUGGAGACAACCCAAGGAGUACUGUCUUGUAGCUCAAUAAUAUGUUGUUGUAAUUUUGAAGCAUCUGGGGCUUUUCUCAUUUGCUUGACUUGUUCUAAAUUUUCCAUGUAUAUGUAUUUAGAUGUUAUGGAUAAAUAUGUGCUGCUGUAAACAGCAUAAUUGUAGAUGUACAUAACUACACAUGUACACUGAUUAGUCUUAUUUCACAUGCAGUCAUAUGAUCAGGGGAACUAAUUAUGACCAGUGAGCAUAUUAAAGUGAACAUAGAAAAAAUAAUAUCGGACUCUGUUGUUACAGAAAAACGUGUAAAAAAUUCUAUAAAGUUUUGAAAGCUGAGAAGAUGAAGUUCAGCAUUAGAAGCCCUUAUGAACUUUGCCAGUCACUAACGCUGAAAUUCACGUAAUAAUUGGUUGUCACGUCAAAAAACUUGUUAGCUCUUGAUUGUCAUUGUGGUUUUUUCUAUAGUGGAUAGUCAGAUAUCGGUGCAAUAAAUUGAAUUUUGUGGUUAGUUUAAGUGUUAAAGCAUUAUACACAUUUAUGAGCAGGGAACUGAGAAAAGCUGCUUGUGUCACAAUGCCUACAUGUUGGACAGGAUACUGCAGUAACUUGUCAGGGUAAGUAGGCAAGAAAACCGCCCCGGGCGAGUUAUUACUUGAAGAAAAAUAUUUUGACUUUGCAUAAUCUGAAUGAAAGGGUCUGUUAUCACUCAGAAGGUCCUGCUAUGUUCGGUAAAUUCCCUGAAAGCUGUACAGCCAGCUAGGCCCAAUUCCUACACCCAUGCAGGUCGAGGACAAGUCAGACAGCUAAAAGGCAACGCUUGUGUCCAUGAAAAUUGCCCUGACCCAGCGCCAAACUAGGUUUUGUGACGUCAACCUUGAUAGCCUGACAUGCCAAAUGGAGUCACCAAAUGAGUGGCUAGGUGCUGACUAUUGUUUACCAUUUAUUUUGAUGAUAAGCAGUGUAGAAUUUUUAAAAUAUGUUUAGAACACUUCUGGAAUACUACUUUAUUAAUUAAUUCAGCUUUAGUGGCUGACUGUGUGUUCACUCUUAAUAAAUCAUUGUGUGGAAAUUUCUGUACAUUAGUAUCACCUCAUGCUUUGGUGCAGUCAAAAAUAUUCACUUUGAUUUUGUAGUGGCAAGAAAAUUAGGUCAGUAUCUACUGUUGUAAGCUUUUAAGGUGCUAGCUUUGUGAAUGUAUUAAUUUCUUUUUGACUUGGCAAACUGUUUUUGCUCUUAUGCUGUUAACCUCUGCAGUCUUGUGUGUCUUGAGUCUUCACUGGAUCCUCAGAUGCCAAGCUGCCUUUACUUUAUUCAAGACAAUGUUUAGCUUUUGACCAUUGAGGUUGUGUGCUUGUAUCCUGCUUUGACUGGUUUGGUUGCAGCAUUAAGUCCGGAGAUUUGCUUUGCACGUAGCGAGCAAAAGUGAUGUGCUCUGACCUCCACCCUAAAACCUGGUUAUGGAGCAGGUUGUGACCAAGAUGACACCUGUCUGUCACUAAUAUGAUGUACAUUACUGUACAUUGAAUGUGGGAAAGAUUUUCAGUACUUUGCUAAUCAGCGGUUUCCACUGGGCAUUUAAGUUAAAAUUAACAUUAUUUAAGUGAAACUUCUUAAGUAAUCAAAUGAAUCACUGAGUGACUUCAGACCAACAAUUCCAUGUCUAAAAUUUCAGUGAUGACACACACUGAUUUACUGAUCUAAAUCUUGUUGUCAGGAUAUUGCCAAAUUGUCACUUGUAAAAUGCAAAUCAGUGGAAGUGUAUUGAUAUACAUGUACAUAAAUUUCUGUUGGUGCAAAGGCAAGUGUAUGAAAUGUACAUCCAGUUAUAUUGACCUACUUGUUCUAUAUCCGGUAUUAUUUUUGAUUUUGAAGUACAUGUAUGCUGAUUCAUCACAGAUGACCAAUAAAUAAAUAUAUUUACAAAGA